UAUGUAACAAGUUGCAGCUAAUCAACUACACAUUAUUUAUUGCCCCCAAAAUCAUGGUGCAAAAUAUCUAUAAUUCAAUUUCUUUUUAUUGAGAGAAAACUUGAGAUUUUGUUUGUUGAAGUUGAGCAAAUGGAUUCAAUUGAUGUUCAAAACCAACCCCUUUUGAGCACUCAAAGAUCAGCAGUGUCUGAUGACAAUCUGCUGCAACAGUUGGGUUACAAACAAGAGCUUAAUCGAAGCCUCUCGGCAAUUGCCAAUUUUGCAGUGACAUUCUCCAUCAUAUCAGUAUUAACAGGUUUAACAACAAUGUUUAAUAUGGGUUUAACAUACGGCGGACCUGUAACCAUGGUGUAUGGCUGGCCUAUUGUUGGUGUUAUGACUAUGAUGGUGGGUUUGUCCAUGGCGGAGAUUUGCUCCGCCUUCCCAACAUCUGGUGGCCUUUACUUCUGGAGUGCCAAACUUUGUGGGAAUCAUUGGGGGCCCUUUGCUUCAUGGCUCACUGGCUGGUUCAAUAUAGUUGGUCAGUGGGCUGUUACAACCAGUGUAGACUACUCUCUGGCACAGUUGAUACAGGUGAUCAUUCUACUCAGUACAGGUGGGAAAAAUGGUGGUGGUUACGAAGCAUCCAAAUAUGUCGUGAUGGGCCUUCAUGGCGGCCUACUUCUUAUACAUGCAUUGUUGAAUAGUCUCCCUAUUUCAUGGCUAUCCUUCUUAGGACAGCUUUCUGCAGCUUGGAAUGUUGCAGGUGUCUUUGUGCUUAUGAUACUCGUCCCCCUCGUUGCUAAGGAAAGGGCUAGUGCUGAGUUUGUAUUUACUCACUUCAACACUGAUAACGGCGAAGGGAUCAAAAGUGUAGUAUACAUCUUUGUCCUUGGACUUCUAAUGAGCCAAUACACUAUCCUAGGCUAUGAUGCAUCUGCUCACAUGACAGAGGAAACGAAGGAUGCAGCCAAGAAUGGACCGAAAGGAAUUAUCAGUGCCAUUGUUAUAUCAAUAAUUGUUGGCUGGGGUUACAUUGUUGGUAUUACGUUUGCUGUCACCGAUAUUCCAUACCUAUUGAGCAGCGAAAAUGAUGCUGGUGGUUAUGCUAUAGCCGAAGUAUUUUACCUAGCAUUCAAGAGUAGAUAUGGGAGUGGAACUGGUGGAAUCAUAUGCUUGUGUGUUGUUGCUGUUGCUGUAUUUUUCUGUGGCAUGAGUUCAAUGACCAGCAACUCUAGGAUGGUUUAUGCUUUCUCAAGAGACGGCGCCAUGCCAUUUUCAUCUGUUUGGCAAAAAGUGAACAAGCUAGAAAUUCCUAUUUAUUCAGUUUGGAUGUCUGCCUUCAUAUCCUUUUCCAUGGCAUUAACGUCUCUUGGAAGUUUAGUAGCAUUUGAAGCAAUGGUCUCAAUAGCAACAAUUGGAUUGUACAUAUCAUAUGCAUUGCCCAUAUUCUUCAGAGUGACUAUAGCUCGCAAAUCCUUCGUGCCAGGACCCUUCAACUUGGGGCGAUAUGGGAUACUUAUUGGAUGGAUUGCAGUUGUUUGGGUGAUUGCGAUUUCGUUGCUGUUCUCACUGCCUGUUGCCUAUCCUAUCAACACCGAGACUCUCAAUUAUACACCAGUUGCUGUUGGUGGUCUUUUGAUUCUUAUAUUAUCUUAUUGGAUUCUUAGUGCUAAAAAUUGGUUCAAAGGUCCUCUUAAGAAUGUACUAUUUUGAUCCGUCAGAUAGAUCAUAAACAUUGUGGCAUGUAGAGGCUUUUUUUUUUUACACAUUUGUGACUGAUCAAUAUAUUGAAGAGAAUUGAUA